UGGCGGCUUUGUGCUUUGUAUUUUUGUCUCUGCGUUAUAUUUUCUGUUUACAUUUGAAAGAAGAUUGUUGCAGAGCAAUGACUGAUGUUAAGGAAACGUCCUGUAGGCUUUGCCUUAAAAAUAUAACCGAUGAAAGUUUUGAAGUGAUAAACGACAUUAUCAAAGACAUUCUAGAUGUUCUUUUGCUGAAAUUGAAAUUUGAUAGCGAGAGCAAAGAGGUUAUAUGUAACGUUUGCAGAAGAAAGUUAAAUGCGGCGUUAGAAUUUAAGUCGACGUGUUUGAAUACCGAUAACACAAUUAUUCCUUAUGUGGAUAGCGAAAAAAUGUUACAGCUCGACUUACGAGAAAAAAUAUGUCGAUUGUGUAUGCACCCAGUAGAAAGUGAAUUUAGGUACAUACGUGAAGAGGAACUUGAAGCUAUUCAGAAAUUGAUACCUGAAAUGAAUAUAAAUAUCAUCAAAGGUCCCGUUGUAUGUAAGCCAUGCUGGGAUUCUCUGUGUACUCACAACAGUUUCCUGAAAGAUUGCUUAGAGGUAGGGGAAAACGUUAAAAGUAUUUUUAAUAGUUCAGCCACAAGAAGUCAAAUAGAUACGUCUCCACUUGAUUUAUUCGUUAAGACUGAAAACCUGGACAAGGAAUUCGAUAUUAACGAGAUGGAAAUGUCGAUUAAAGCUGAAUGUGUCGACAUAAAAUCGGAAGAUGAGGAAAGAAACGACACGCCGCUUCAGACCUCCGAUAUUGUACCAUUCGAGGAGAGUGACUGUAAAAAUGAAGACGAGGAUGGAUGUAAACAUGAGAAUGGAUCAGAAGUGAAAACCAGCCAGGAGCACAAAAUAUUGUACAAACGUGAGAUCCGUUUUACGACACACUGUGCGAGACAUGAGAAGGAUUUGGAAGCAUAUGAAUGUGAAUAGUAUGAGUACGAAACUGAAAAUAAGAAAU